UCCGCCCGGCACGGGCCGCGGCGCAGAGGGGGCUGCGCGGACCCCCUUCCCGGCCAAGCCGGGCGGCUUCCGGCGGGGCCGCAGUCCGUCCGGGUCGGAGGUCGCCGCCAGCCGCGCGCCGCCCUCCGCCGCCGCCAUGGCGACCUCCUCCGCCAACCUGAGCGCCGUGCGGGAGACCAUGGACGUUCUACUUGAGAUAUCAAGAAUAUUAAAUACUGGUUUAGAUAUGGAAACUCUCUCGAUCUGUGUACGACUCUGUGAACAAGGAAUAAACCCAGAAGCAUUGUCUGCUGUUAUUAAGGAGCUACGCAAGGCUACAGAAACCCUAAAGGAUUGGACAAAUAUGCUACCAUCCAGUUGAAAAGAACUUCCUUUACAUCUACACCCUGCUGUACUGUGCGCUUCUCUAGAAGCAAGUACCACUGAACUCUGGUGUUUACUUCCAAGUAAAUGUACCAAAGAUCACAACUUUAGAAUUUGUUUCUAGCUCUAUAAGACAAUGGAUAUUGCAUGCAUGAGAGGUCCUGGCCUAUCAAAUCAUGUUUAAAGUAAGUGUGUUUUCAAUCCUAAACACCCUUAAGCACUGUUGAACACUGUGGGAUUUACUUCUGAGUAAACAUGCAUUUUUUAAAGGUUAAAAUUCCAAAGCUUAGGUUGUAGAGCGAUAUUGCGAUAUUGUCCACCCCAAGAAGUACUUUGAUAGGAAGUACUGCCUAGCACAAGGUGACCAGAUUUAGAAUGUGACACUAUGUAUGUCUACUUAGAAGUAAUCCCCACUGAGUUUAAUGGAAUUUGUCUCCAGUUAAGUGGGUAUAAGAUUAUAGUCUUAAUGGAACAUUCUUAGAAUAACGCUGUCAGUACCUGCUGGAAUAACUAGAAAUGUUACAUCAACUGAACUAAUUUUAGAUAUGCUGGUGUAACAUGUGUGUAACUCCUGUAUUUCAAAAUUUUAUGGAAAUCUCCAUAAGUACAGGGAUACAAUUCAUAGCAGUUGGUACUAUUUUAUUUAGAAUUUGGUUGAACACACUCUACAGUAGAAUAAUGCUUUAUUUUAAAACAGGGUGAAAACAGGUAUUAACCUUAACAGCGUACUUAUGUGUACGCUGCUUCUUAUACUGCAUGUCUGCAGUCAAGUCAACAUAGUUUUUCAGAAUAGUUGCAAUAUUAUUUUUUAGGACAAGUAGUUUUAACCCAAAGCUAACCUCUGAAUCUAUGUGUCAUGCACAUGCCUGCAGAAAAAAACCAUACUAGAAAGAUUUUGCUUUGAUUGCUGUAAAGAGAAGCAAGCAGUCUCAGACACGAUACCUGAAUGCUGGUGAUGAAUAUAUCAGUUAAACCUUGUAAUCUGUGACUGGGAGAGGACCUUUUUAGAAGUUUCACCUAGACUCUACAUUAUGGACCUUUCAGUGCCAAGUGAUUGCUUUUUAAAAUUCUUGUGGGAUUUCUGUCCCUUCACUUUUGAAAAAAAGAUGUCAGUGCCCUUUAGUACUGCUGGUGGUUCCUCUUAAUCAAAACUGUUCAUCAAUUUGACGGAACAGGAGGAAGUGCUUUUGUUUUUCUCAGGUGUCCCAGCGGUGGCAAUCUUGUCUGUAGACUGCAAGGACCAGUCUCAUGAGCCCUGUGCAGAUGUCCAUCUUUCACACUACUACCCCUGUGUAGGGAAGUACAGGGUUAUGCUCAGCAGCUCAGCCAGCUAUGUGCUAGGAGGCCUGAAGCUUCUUGCACAACGCAGAACUCUGUGUGAUGAGACCUGAAUUGCAAGGAGAGCCUAUACAUGUAGAUGUAGCUUCAGACCACCUGCCUUAGUACAACCAGGGCCCUCUUCCAUCUAUGCAGUGGUUUUCAGGGGUGGGGAUUCUGAUCAUUUUUUGUGUGGUAGUUCAUGGAUUGGGUUCAAGGUAAUAUAUAAGCAGAUAUGUGAUCUGCUACGUAAGGUAGCUCUGUUGCCCUCACUACAGGACUUCCAUUCCCAUCAUCCUUUCAGCCAAAAGGAGAGAGACCCACCAGGUUAUUUUAUACAGCUAGAAAUGGCUAUUGUAAAUUUCCAUUAUGUUGUUAGUACCCUUUUUUAAAAAAAUGAACUCACUAUACUCAGGUUAUUCU